GACACACGGCAUGCAACGACUACUGCGACGCCUGAACACCAUGCCUAUCGACAAUAGCCAGAUUAACGCUCUGGUCCUUGACUUCGAUGGCACCAUUACGAAGCAGGAUACCAUUUCCGUCUUAGCUUCUAUCGGACAGAUUUUCCAGCGACGACAUCACCACAGCGUGAAGCAGCCGUGGGAUUCUGUUGUAGAAGCUUAUGGUCGGGAUUUCCAAGACUACACCUCAACCUACGUUCCCGCUGCUGUUGAUCGGACCAGCCUGAGUGAGGAACUGAAUUUUCUGCGAGGAUUUCGAGAUAUUGAAAGUGCUUCUUUUGGCCGAGUUGGAGAUUCAGAAAUCUUUCGCGGCAUGAACAAAGCGGACUUUUCCAUGGCUGGGCAUGAGGCACUCAGGGAUGGAACAGUGCGUUUGCAUGAUGGAUUUUCAGAAUUUAUGACAUGUGCAGCCCUUCAGAAGUGGCGCAUUUAUGUCAUCUCCAUCAACUGGUCCUCCUCUUUCAUUCGUGGUGUCCUCUCUGGAUUCCCUAUCGACAAAAUCAUAUCAAACGAGAUACGCUCCGAUGGCAUAAUUGUAGGACCUGGUAUCCUGGGCCCGCCAAGCGAAGAGACGGUGCUGGCGACUUGCUUGGAUAAAGCACACGCUCUAAAGGCACUAGUCGCGGAGCAGAAUUUGGACAUUGAUAACAUCGUCUACUUCGGAGAUUCCGUAUCGGAUAUCGAAUGCUUGAUCGCUGUCAAAGGGAUCAUAAUGUCUGGCGGGCCCGACUCAAGCUUGAUCAAGACUCUCAAACGGACAGUGUAUGGGUGCUUGCAUUCCGAUGUAGGGCGCAAAGUGGCCACGUGCAGACAGCAACGCGAGUAUCUCGCUGGCAGUGGCGAACCUGAGUGCACUCAGGAAGACUAUCAUGCCUUCCGCCGCUUGAGGGUUCCACAGAAGUGUUUCAAGUGCGCCAUGCUUGACAGCACCAAACUUCGAGCGAGGCAACUCUUGGAUUCCAUGAAGGCCGACGUAGACAAGUGUGUUGCAGCCAGAGGCGGUGCCUGGGCCUCAUCGAGGGAGUGGCGUGUAGCCUCAAGUACCAGCAACGACAACAAGCACAUAAGGUACUGA